UGUAAACAACACACGCAUCCAUUCGGUUGUGUGUGAUAGCGACAGAACGCCAGAGAAUAACAGCCGAAUUUUAGGGCAUGUCUUUUUUCGCAUAAAGGGUCUUUUAUGUGAAUAGAGCAAUGUCGAUGGAAGACCCGUUUUUUGUUGUGAAAGGGGAGGUCCAGAAGGCGGUGAACACUGCCCAGGGUCUGUAUCAGAGAUGGACCGAACUGUUGCAGGACCCUGGUAGUGCCACUAAAGAGGAGAUUGACUGGACCACCAAUGAGUUGAGGAACAGCUUGAGGUCUAUAGAAUGGGAUCUUGAGGACUUGGAUGAGACCAUUAGUAUUGUGGAAGCAAAUCCACGGAAGUUCAAUCUUGAUUCCACAGAGCUGAACAAGCGGAAAGCUUUCAUAACCAACACAAGGCAGACUGUCAAGGAUAUGAAAGAUCAAAUGGCAAAUCAGGCCAUGUCUCUGUCAGACAAGAAAAGCAGACAGACUCUGAUGGGAGAAGGAGGGUCGCGUGGACCGAUCUGGCAACCGGGAGGAGAUAAAUACACACGUCUAGACCGAGAACUGCAGUCAGCAAACUCUCAGUUUAUUGACGAGCAACAAUCGCAGCAACAGCUCAUGGCAGAGCAGCAGGAUGAGCAGUUGGAGCUGGUGUCAGGGACCAUUGGCGUAUUGAAGAACAUGUCUGAACGGAUUGGACAGGAGCUGGAUGAACAGGCAGUAAUGCUGGAUGAUUUUUCUCAUGAGAUGGACAAUACCCAGUCCAGGUUGGAUAAUAUGAUGAAGAAGCUGGCUAAGGUUUCCCACAUGACUAGUGACCGGCGACAAUGGUGUGCUAUUGGCAUUUUGUUGGCCAUCCUGUUCGUUGUGAUCAUCCUCCUCAUUGUUCUGUGAGCUGCACUACGUUCCUGACCACCACAGCUUUCCUCAUUCCAACUGAAGAAUUGACUAAAACAAAGGUGCUUUAAGGAAAGGAAAUCGCCUUGGUCUCCACUCAUUCAGUCAUACUCUUACCUGCCGACUGUUGCGCUUUCUGCCACUCCAAAUACUACCUUUCUGGUACUUCAUCUUGUUUAGCUGUAAAUAUCUGUUAUGUCUUUUUUUGUUUGUUUGUUUGUUUGUUUUUUUAAGUGUAAAAAACCUAAGCUCAUUGGGCUUACAGUUGUGCGUUCUGCUUCACUUACAUUUUCUGUAAGUGUGUUAGAAGUCAAACGAGAAUUGAAUUAGUGUCCUGAGUCGGGGUAACACUCAGUCUAGCUCCUGUUACCUUUUGUGUUAUUGAUGCUUUGGAGGGAUUUAUUGAAAUAAUACUGGGUUAAUUUUCCACAGGAAAAUUCUAUGCUAAAAUGUCAUCCUUUGCUUCCUGUCCUGCUUGAUAACUGGUUUAUCAUAUACACCUACAGUACAGGUGCUGAAAAUUUAUCCAUCACCAAAAUAUCACUCCUGACCCUUUUCUAAUGAUAGAAAAGUCAGAGAAAAGGCUGUUGACAAAGUGUACAUGUCAACAGAUGGAUUACAGCAUACAGAGUGACCUGUACGCUGGAUCUACCUGAUAAAAUUGCCAGUAAGGUCAGUGUAGGUAGUUGUACCUAAUGAUGGACUAACAGCUCAGAGCUGAUUCCAGUGAUAAUGUCUCUGCUGAUAAUUAAUGAAGUUAAAGAUCACUGAAAACUGGUGUCUUGUUUUGGAACCAGAUUUUUUUUUUGUUUUUAUUAAAGCGGGUAUUUGAUUAACGGCACUAAUGAUAAGUUAACCACUUCCUACAUCUCUUUUGCAAAUGCUUAUGACUUUAUUUUCAUCCUGUCUCAACUUGUAGUAGAGAAUUAAUUUCAGGCUGGAUGAGACUGACUAAAUGAGCUUGACUGGAACUUAUUUACUUUUAGAAUGUUUGCUUGUCAGGUCAGUAACUAAUAUAGAACUGGACAAUUAGCAGAAAAUUAAUGGUCCUACUGCAUAAAGAUUGAUUUUUUUUUCAAGUCAUGCAGAAGAGAGGAAAUUAUGCAGCUGCUUGAUUUAAAAACACUCCUGCUGGGCAUUUUCCCCUGAAAUGUUUUCAUAUUGCGUGGAUGUGCUUCGGCUCAAAGGCACUUAUUCCUUACAGGAGGAGUGAUGAAAUUCAUUUAAAAAACAACAACAAAACACUGAGGCAGAUGAAGAUAGUUCAGGGACUAUCAUCACAAAUGAAGAACAGCUUUAAACAGGGUUUAAACACUACUUUAUGCUCAUCCCUUUACGUACCUCAUUUUAAUACGUACAACACGUGCGAAGAAAUCAUUUGCAGAUCAAUCUGAAAUCAGCCUUAUACGGCCCAAUGAAUUCUGCAUGGAAAGCUGAGCUAAAUUCAUUUUUAUCCAUCAAACUGUUCAGCUAAAAAAAUUAGGAGUGCACAUUUUAGUUCUGUCUUUCAGACAUUAUACGAUAUACUUACAAAGCUAAUAGGUGACUUAAAAAUAUAUAGGGAUUGUUUUUAAGGAGAAUUAAGAUGUUAUUCCUACUACAAAAAAAGACUAAAAAUACAAUGACAUUGCUUUUUUCCACUGCAGCUUCCAAACUUUUUACACCAGAAAAAUGUAUAAAAUUAUUAAUUAAACUGUGGCCAUUUUAAACAACCUAGGGCAAUAUGGGAUUUGGUAGUCUAGUAGUUAAGGUGUUGGACUACUGACCAGAAGGUCAUGAGUUUGAAUCCCAGGUCCACCAAGUUGCCACUGCUGUGCCCCUGAGCAAGACCCAACCAUCAGUUGCUCAGCUGUAUAAACUGAAAUGAAAUGUAAGUAAAUCAGAAUAAGGGCGUCUGCUAAAUGCCAGAAAUGUUAAUGUCUUACCUGGACAGAUUAAGUAAAGUUUUUUCCAUGUUAACAACAGCAACAACACACUGUGGGCAGCAAAAACACUCUGUGGAAUGUCUUUCCUUUUACCAUCUUCACUGUGAAAAUUCCUGUUAAUUUUUAAAUUGGUGGAGACGAACCAACACCAUGCUGAACACAAUUUCUCUCAUAGCUGCAGGUUUAUCAAUCCUAAAGCAUAAAGUGGUAAAGAAUUCAGUUUCCCCACAGACAUUUUUAAAGGUAGGUUCAUAAACAGUAGUGCAUAACAUGGUCGUUGAUCAAACACUGGGUGGUGAAUUUCACCAUCACCAGCCCAUCUGGAUUGAUCAAAAUAUGCAUUCUGAGAUAAAGAGAAAACCCUAUGUCUGUGACCGCAAUGCAGGAUUAGGUAUUAUAGUAAAGUUCAUUUUUAAACCAGUUUAUCUCUUGAGCUUGUAAUUUUAGCAAAAUCCACAGAGAUCAAAUGAUCUGUCAAUUCAUUACAUUCAGAUGCUCUCGAUGACCGAAUAAAUGAAAGGGAAAAGUCUGAGAUGGGUAAAUGCUUGUAGCGCUUGUUAUGCUGCCUGAUAACACCUUGUCUCUGGUUUAUCCUGUGAUUGUUUAGGUUUAUAUGUAGGAUGUAGGUGAACACAACAGAAAGGCUAAUAAAGGCCAGUUUUUAGCAGUAGUGUAUUGACUGUAGGCUCUGUUAGAUGUUCUACUGGCCCUUGAUUUCAGAAGAAUUUCUGUGAAAAUUUCUGUUUCCUUUCCCUCUGAGAUUGACUUAUAUGAAAAGCUUCUUAAGAAUCCUUAAAGAUUACCUAUAUUUCUUUGUAUCACCUGAAUAGAUUAUAGUGACAUUUUGGGCACGUUUUAUUUGCUAGAUUUCAACUAGAUUUCAGCUAGAUUGCACAAUACCAUAUCAAAGUAUUGACCAAAUGCUGCUGUGAAGUUCAGAACACUACAUAGCUAGUGCCUUAGUAUCUCAUAGAGAAAGGAGGGCAAAAACAUGUUGGGUUUUUUCUGUCAUAAAAACUUAUCUUCCAUUUUAGAUGGAAAUCCUUGUGUGAGAUUCGUCUCUUUACUCUCAUUUGCUGAAUCUCAAUCAGAGAAAUCAGGUUCAUUUGUUAAUAAGGUUAACAUAAAAACAACUUUAGCUGAGGGGGUUGUGUAUAUCUAAAAAUCAAGUGUGUGUAGAAAUCAAAAGAAUCACCUGAUUGUUGAGAACACCACGCUAGUGCUAAGGCAUUAGAUAACUAUUUCUCGAACUUGUCUUUUUGUUUGCUGAUUGUCAGGUCGAUUUGGAGUCAAACUGCUUUCUCAUUAAACCAGAACCAUGCUAGAUCUCACUCGGACCUGCGUCUAGACCAGUUUUUUUGAUCUGUUUGAUUACUGUGUUGUCACCCUUCUAAGAAAACACAGUGAGAGGAAGAACACAGCAGGGUUCUAUUCAGAUAAAAUCUACAGACACUGCAUAUGUGAAUGUAACCUUAGAGAACAAAGGUCACAUCUAGAACCCUGUAAGGUAGUUUGGUUAACUCUUAACGGUUGUCAUAAAAGCCUUCAGCAGAGUGUUUACCUGUCAUAAAUGGUUCCAAAUAGAAACCAUUUAGGUCUUUAAAUGCUACCUGUACAAGAACCUAUUUCUUAUUCUGUCUAAGAGUGUAGGGAGGAAGUUCCUCCUUCCCUAUCUGCUGCUGCAGAAGUGUAAGUUAGAUUCAGUAUUGUCUACAAAACCUAAUUUUUGCAAUCCAUGUUCAUAUUUUAUCAUGUGUGUAAACAGCGAUAUAAUAUACUGUUAUCUUGUUCUUAUUAAAUUGCUGACAUUAUGUUUAUUAUUUGUUUUUAAACUGACUCCUUAUUUUUUAAGUCACUUUGAUUUUAAAAAAAUCAUGACGGAAUAUUGAAUAAAUUAAGAAAAAGUCUUCUUUCUGUAUCCAAAAACAAGACUGAAAAAUGUUGGCUGAGCUCGUGACCAUGAAGAGUGGUGAUCAUGUUGUUGUACAAAGUAUCACAAAAACAAAAAGGAAAAAUUGCACAAUCACGUCACUGGACCGGUGACUGGUAGAGAGAAUAUGGUAGCAAAUGGGCUUUGAUUAAUCCGUAUAAUUUGGUACAGUUGAUUAUUUGUUAAUUUGAUGUUUGGUUACUGUGUGAGAAUGAAAUGAUAUCCUGUUGUUUCCCUUUGACCAUCAGCUUCCCUUUAUGAAAUUCUCCCCAUCAUCCCUGUGUGCAAUUGAGUUCCCUCUGAAUCUUAUUAAAUGCAGAUUGUAACUCAG